AUGAAUCCCCAUCAACAGAACAAAGUGGACCUCAACUCGCUGAGCCCCGAGGAGCAGCGCCUGCUGCGCCUCUACGGCAAGAUGCCCACCAAGAAGGACGUUCUCCAGAACAAGCUCAAGGAACGCAAGUACUUCGACUCGGGCGAUUACGCCCUCAGCAAGGCGGGCAAAGCCUCCGACGUUGGCGUAACCAACAUCGGAUCGCGCCACCCAGUGCCCGAGAACAUCCCCCACCUGACAGCGACCUCGCCGGGCACCAACAACCCCGCCCCCCACAACGGCAGCGUCAGUGGCAGCGUGAGCGGUCAGGGCCAACAAGCGCCCGGCAGCUUCAGCGGUCACCCAGGUUCGGUCGGGUUCCAAAGCCGCAGUCCCGUCAAGGAGGGCGGUAGCUUCCUGCACCGCGGCUCAAGUCUCAGCGAGGGCGAGGCUGGUUCUGGCCUUGCCACGGAGGGCAAGGAGGAUAAUCUCAGUGUUAGUCCCCCGCCGGCUAGGGAGGGUGUUCCCAUCCGCCGGUAG